UUUACGAGAUUCUUUAAUAUAUGUACAUAUGUAUGUAUAUAAUAUUGUAUAUAUUUAUGAGUAUCUCAAAUACUUAUACCUAUGUGCUUAAAAACCGAGUUCUUCUUCAGUCAGAAAACUCAAUUUAAAAGACAUCGAAUUAUUAUCGAUACACAGAACUAGUGGAGUGUGAAAGCUAACCUACUUACUGCUAUCACAUCUUUAUCCAGCAUUUGCGUACUUUAUCUAGAGCAAAACAAUUAAAUAAAUUGUAUAAAUAACUAGCCAAGUGUAUAAACGUAUAAUGUCAAUUACAGAAGUUCUGGAAAUUUGCUAACGUCCCCUAACUGUAUCUUCAUUAUAUGGGAUAGGCAAUUUGUUAAAUACGCCGCGCCUUAUCUACGAACUGAUAAAAAUUAUAUUAAACUGAUAAAGUGGGACAAUAUUUACUAAAUUUGUGCAACUAUACAGAUUGUAAGUUUUGCCUAGUGAAGUUAAUGCUAUAAAGUAAUCCAACUUUAUUAUUACCAAAUCCCUCUAUGCGGUGGCAGUCAAUAUUUGUUUCUAAGCCGAAACGCACAUAGCUGUGAGGGUAGUCACUUAACAAUUGGAAUUGACCUAAUAUUUAAUACCAACUCAUAGUCACGCAUAUACGUAGAUGUAUGUAUGUAUGCAUAUAUGAACCUACAAAUAACAACCACAAGCGCUAAUAAAAUUUCGAAACAAAUCGCGUAAAUGAUGUUGCAUUCCAUGAAAUUGUGUGCUGAUAAACUCAACGGAAUAACGGCAACACCUCCGGACUCAGUAGCACUCCCUGGUGCAGUGUUGGUUGUUAAUACUACUACAGCAUUGCCAACACCUGUUGCAAUUGCGAAUGCAAAUUCCGGCGGUGCCAUUUCGGAUAAAAAUAAUUUAAAUAGUACCCUUAUCAACACCUCCACCAUCGCUUCUAUAGGCAACAAUAGCAACAUUAACAACAGCGCCAUUGUGCAGCGGCAACUUCAUCAGCACCAAGGAAAAUAUUUGGACGCGCCGGGUGCAACAAAAUUCCAUCCAUAUUUGCGUCCAGCAGCCGUGGUGGCUAGUGAAAAUUCGGGCAGCUCAACAACUGUAGCGGGGACAAGUGCAUUUGCGGCAACACUGUUCCCUCCGUUUCUAAAUUCGGUAAAUACCAACGCCACCACCAACAAAACACCAGGAACCACAACUGUUGCCGCUGUUAACACUGCAACAUCACCAAGUGGAUUACUAACUUUGCCAACAAAACAGCCAACUUCUGUUUCCACCGCCAAUGCAACUACAGCAGGAGCCUUUAUUAAUUCUAAUUCUACAUACGGGAACGGCAAUAACUACUCAGCAGUGCACUUGACGAGUGGAAAAAUGUCCGAUGGUGAGGAGACUAACGACUCUCAAAAGAACCCCAAUGAACUUAAUCACACUGAUGAAACUUUCACCGCUCCCAUGACAGAUGAUUGCUCAAAUUUAAUAUCCGUUUCGAAUCAUAGCAACGGUGAUAGCAACAACGUUGACAUUAUAACCGGCGCUAAAGAAUUUGAAAAAGAUCAGCCGGAUCCGGAUAAUAUCAAAAUGUUCGUUGGCCAAAUUCCGAAAUCAUGGGAUGAAAUGCAAUUGCGAAAAAUGUUUGAACAAUAUGGACGAGUUCACACUUUGAACAUUCUGCGUGACAAGGUCACAUCGGUAAGCAGAGGGUGCUGUUUUGUUACAUAUUAUACACGCAAGGCUGCUUUGAAGGCACAAGAUGCCUUACAUAAUAUAAAAACUCUUGAAGGGAUGCAUCAUCCCAUUCAAAUGAAACCCGCUGAUAGCGAGAAUAGAAACGUGUUGAACCAACCAUGA